GUGGGCGGGGCCGUUUUGACCGCGCGACCCAUUAGGGGAAGCUGUCAGUGAUGGAAGGUAAUCUUCACGUGCGCAGCAGGUCCUGUGAUGUCAGUCGGUCAGAGCAGCUUGGCAGACGAGCAGUAGAGGUCAAGCACGUUAGGAUGGAGUGGCGCCAGCAGACCAGUAUCAGCUGUGCGGACGCGUUCAGCGAGGCUCAACGCUGGAUUGAGGAAGUGACUGGAAAAAGCUUUGGAUGCAGUGACUUUCGUGCUGCCUUGGAGAAUGGUAUUCUACUCUGCGACUUGAUAAACCAGUUGAAACCAGGCAUCAUCAAGAGAAUGAACAGACUUUCAACUCCUAUUGCUGGUCUGGAUAAUGUGAAUGUUUUUCUAAAGGCCUGUGGGAAACUAGGACUUAAUGAAUCUCAGCUGUUUCAUCCGGGUGACCUGCAGGAUCUGUCCACUCGAGUGACACUCAGGCAUGAGGAAAGCAGGAGACGACUAAAAAAUGUUUUGAUUACAAUCUACUGGUUGGGUCGCAAGGCUCAGCUGGACUUGUUCCACAGUGGUCCUCAGCUUAAUUUUAAAGCUUUUGAAGGACUGCUGGGGUUGGCUUUGUCCAAGACUCUAGAAGAUGGGAGUAAUGUGCUGGGGAAAGAUGAAGGACACAGAGAGCGUCAUGAGUUGGAGAGGGAGGAACGUCGGCGCGUAACACCAAGUCUCUUAAGAGGGAACUCAGUGGAACAUAUUGAGUUUCUGCAAACUUGCGUUUCCCAAAAUGAUGAAGUGUUUGGGGAAUUUCUCCCAUCUUAUGGUUAUACUCGGGCAUUACAACAAGGUUGUGGAAGUGACGCCGAAUCUGAGCAGGUGUACAGAAUGGAGGACAGGCAGUCUUCAGCGAACAGAAACAAAGGCUACAUCCCAACACCACUCCGAAAAAAACAAGUACGGGACGAUAAUGCGAGAAGCAGUGUCAGUCCACUCCCCAGAAUCAGUCAAAUCCAGGUCAGGCCUAACACACCAGUUCAGGUCAACCCUGGCUGGAUUUGGAGCAAGUCCCUCAGUGACAUCCCCAUGGUGUAUCCUGUGCGUAAAGUCACCAAUGGAAGCCUUUAUGGUAAAGACAAAAGCAUUGGCUCAGCAAGCGAGUGGAAUCAGGACAAGAGGUGUAGUGUGGCUGCCAAGGACAGUGAAGCUCAGUGGCAGGAUGACUUGAAAAAGUGGAAAACACGUCGCAGAAGCGGAAAGUUUGAUCUUCUCAGAUCCUCACAAGACAGAGAGCAUGUAAUUAACCAGAUGACCAACGGGGCUAUGGCUGACUUUGAACAGAAUGAAGCCCAAGGUCCAAUAAAACGUCUUUUUUUCAGAGAUCAGAUCACUUGGAAGCACCACUCUGCUCCAAGCCCAUACUCCAUCUCCCCUCCAUCGAAAGCCUCUGGCUCCGAUUUCAGACCACAUACUAGAGCACCACUUUCUCGCAGCCAUGCCACUGAGCUUCCAUCCAGUUCUAAAGAUGUAGCUCAGUCUUCUUCAGAAUUAUCGGUUAAACCUCAGCCUGCAUCCGAUCAGAGCACCUUGGGUGAAGACGCCUACAUUGCCUCUUUGGCAUCUGAAGGAGGAGUUACAGCACCUUCUGUGCAGCAACCCUUCACCUCUCAAACACAAGCUAAAACUCCAGGGAGGGGAGCCUCUCACCGGUUCAUUUCGGAACAGACCAAGCCAAAUAAUGCUUCAAUGCAACAAUUUUCUUCUCUUCUUGAAACCACACAGCCAAAAGAUAUUGUGUUAUCAACCAAAAGACAUGAUCUUGUUCCAUCAUUGUCAAGUUCUGGCAGAAGUGCUCUUUGCAUUGAAUCUAAAGAGAAUGUUGCAACUACUAAUUUUGAUAAGGACAGAGCUGCAACCACGAAGGACUUGCUGCAUCAGAAUUACAAAUCCCAAGAGGAGAGCCAAAAGUCACAUGGGGAACCAGCAGGGGGCGCCACAGUCCAUCCGGCUGCAGGUUCCUCAAAGUAUAAGAGCAGAGAUUUGUCAUGGUCGACCUCAGCCGGCCUUCCCCGGGGUUACCGCCAGUCUGAGAGCUGCAUUCGUCUCUCUCCUGCCAUCACAAUCGCACCUAGACCUUUUGGAUCCAAGCAGCUCAGGGUGACCUCACUAUCUAGAGUGCUCAGCGUAGAGGACAGUCAGGAUUUGCCACUAAGCGCUGAAAAGAAUGAUUCCCAUUGUCCACCCAGCAAAUUGGGUCUCAAAAGGCAGACUGCCGCUGCUCAUCUGAGGGGUCAGUACCAGGCAUCAAUCAGACAGAAAAAAGCCAGCCAAGCAAAGCAGAAACUCGCAGAACAAAGGGGAGAUGCAAACAAUGCUGCUUUCUCCAGCCAGCCUUCUCUUCAGACAACUUUCCAUCCCCAAAAGGCCUACACACAGACACUACCACAGCCUUACACAAGCCUGCAGUACUGCAGUAGCAGUGGCUCGCAUUUUCCACUGUCUGGAACAUUUGCUGCAUCAAAGGCUGAACACAGUGACAUGAGAGUGACUCUGACUCUUAAACCAAACAGCGUACCAGACUUUGGUUUCAAGACUGUCUGGGAUUCACAAGGGGCAAGGAUAAAAGCAGUUCAGCCUGGCAGUCCCGCGGAGCUUUGUCGGCUGCGUGCGGACGAUGAGAUUGUGGCCGUGGAUGGAGUUGCAGUGAUGCACCUGAGCCACGACCUGUGGAAGGACAAAAUGGCAUCUUCCCUUCAAACUGGCACUUUGACGAUGGACAUUCGGCGCUACGGCAUCAAAGAUUGGAGCAGCAAUGAGGAAAACCCCCAAAACCAGCCAGCUCCCAGCAGGAUGACCCUCAAUCUGACUGCUGCUGCACCAGUUCUGAUAGGUUGUGCAGAUCGUCAGACCUCUGCAGAGAUGAGAGAGGCACAGGAAUCCAAACUGAAUGAGCAGAGUCCCAAUGUAAAGGAGGUCAAAGCUACAAGUGGAAAGCUUACUGAUGAUCUUGUUGUAUCCAGAAGUAAAGAUUAUAGUUUUAGUUGGAAAAAUAAAAAAAGAAGAGAAGAAUUUUUCAACCAGAAAGGAGGUUCAGAAUCUGCAAUAUCUGAUCUCCAGGUGCCAUCCCUCAGACCCUCCUCCUCCUCCUGGUCUUGGGACAGUGAGGAAGAUCGCAAGCGCCUGGAGAAGUGGCAGGAAGAGCAAGAGCGCCUCCUACAGGAGCAAUACCAGCGAGAUCAGGAGAGGCUGGAGGCAGAAUGGCAGAGAGCACAGCAGGAUGCAGUGGAAGGCAGGAAGUCAACGAAUCAGAAUGUGUUUGGCUCGGGUCAUGAGAGUUUUUCCAGCUCUCAGCCUCAUGUCAAUGGAUGGACAAAGAAAGGUCCAGAAGAAAGGCAGAGCCCUAAAAGAGAUCUGAGAGAAUCUGAGAGAAAACACCAGAAACAUGUUCAGCAUGUGCACACGGAAAAGACUGCUGAAAAAGACUGGGCUGAGGGUUCUUGUGGCUUUGCUCGGCUGUCCUCUGCAUGCAGGGCCAAGUCUUUGUCCACCCCGGCUUUAGCAAGUUCCCACAGGCAGACAACAGGUGACCAAAGCCAGAGAAAUGGACGUCUGUCAACUGCUGAGAAAGAGCGCCGGCAGAUUUUAGAGGAGAUGAAGAAAAGGAAUCAGCUUUUGACAGACAACAGCUGGAUUCGUCAGCGCAACAACAGUUUUUACAAAGAUGCUCCUAUUUCCUUAAAAAGAUGUGAGUCACUGGACAACCUUGAUGUAUUGCAUCAUUCCCCAGACCCUCCUCCUGCAUUGACUUACCCUCGCUCAAAUUCGGCUACUGGGAGUUACUCUACUCCAAACAGGACAGCCUCUUCCCGCUACAGCACAGGAUCAAUGUUAUCUGGGAGAAAUGCAUACAUGGAACAUGUCAGUACCUGGAGGACUUGCUGUGUGUGUGAGCGUAUCCUGGGUAGUGGUGCAGCCAUGGUCAUAGAAGCUCUUAGCCUCUUCUUCCACUACACCUGUUUCCAGUGCGUGGGCUGCCACAGACAUCUCGCUGGAACCAAGAGUAGGGUCCAGGUUCGCGUUCGAAACGGGAAGCUCUACUGUGAACACUGCUAUUUCCAACUCAAGUCAAAUGGUGCUUUCCUCAUCUGACCAACAGACAGUGCUCCAGAUUGAAGAGUGAAUUAAGCGAAUAGCACCCACUACUGAAGAAAAUAAUUCAAAAACUGAUGCCUUUAGAUAAUGAUGGGCUUUUGUUUCCUCACUACUAAUACAAUUGAAAGAUGUGAUGAAAUGUGAUUUGACAGAUUGAGGAUCUCUUGGUAGAUUCUGAAUACUUGCUUUUAUGCUUUUUGACCUUUUUUGUCCUAAAUCUCCAUUAAAUUUAGAUGCAAUAAAUGAAAUGGGGAACUUAAGGGUUUGAUUUGUUUGUAGAAAUUUGAAGUUGGUGUUUCUACUGAUCCUGUUUUUGUGUGUACUUUUACCCAGUUAUUUCUGACAAUCCAAUAAAGAUCAGCUGUUUUGCAAGUUGGAGGUGGAGGUGCAUUUUUAUAUCACACUGUUUAAAUGUCACAAUGUGCACAGUGGGUUGACUCAACACAGGUGUAUGUGCCUUUGUACUGAGGAAUUAUGGUAAAUAAAGUGCACCAAGUGUAAUACAA